GAAAUCAUAUACAGACCACUCAUGUUAACAUCAUCAAUACUAACCUAAUUCGAGAUUUCUUCUCUUUUUUUUUUUCCUAGGUUUUGAUUGAACUUGCAAGAAGUAUCAUCAGCAAUUCCCGAGUUUCAGGAAUUUGAAAUUUUCUAUGCAUGUUUGGUUGUGUAUGGUCUCAUCUUGAAGCAACUUAUUUAGGAAAAUCAUAGUACAAAAGGGACUUUGAUUGGAUUUUGAAAACUGCUCUUUAUCUUAUAAUUAAAGAGUUGUACAAUGAAGGCUAUGCAUGGAUCGAGAAGGUGGGGUGUGAAAUUGGCUGCUGAAAGGGUUCUGAUUGUUUUUCUUCUUCUUUCAGUCUAUGUUACUUCUUCUCAUCAAAAUACAGACCAGAAAACAAUGUCAGCAUCCAAUGAGACGAAAGGGGUUGAUACUAAUGAUCAUGUUAAGGGUUUUUACAAACACACAUGGCCGGGGAUGAAAUUUGGGUGGAAAAUAAUAGUGGGGAGCAUAAUUGGGUUCCUAGGAUCAGCAUUUGGGACUGUAGGAGGUGUUGGUGGGGGUGGCAUCUUCGUGCCUAUGCUUACCCUUAUUGUUGGAUUCGAUGCAAGAUCAGCAACAGCAAUAUCAAAAUGCAUGAUUACGGGUGGAGCGGGAGCAACCGUUUUCUACAAUUUGAGGCAAAGACACCCAACUCUUGACAUGCCUGUGAUUGACUAUGACUUAGCACUUCUUUUUCAACCAAUGUUGAUGCUUGGAAUCAGUAUUGGAGUUGCUUUCAAUGUGAUUUUCCCUGACUGGAUGCUAACAACUUUGUUAAUAGUAGUUUUCAUAGGCCUUUCAGUCAAUGCAUUCUUAAAGGGUGUCCAAACAUGGAAAAAAGAAACCAUUAUUAUGAAGGAAGCUAGGCAGAAUUCACGGCUAAAUGAUAAUGGAAGAACCGAUAAUGCUGCACAACUUCAAACAGAAGAAACGGUCAAUGGAAGUCAAACAAAUACCAACCAACCAAGGAAAAAAGUUUCUGUUAUUGACAAUAUUUAUUGGAAGGAACUUGGACUUCUUGUAACUGUGUGGAUCUUGAUACUUGCACUACAGAUAGGAAAAAAUUACACUACAAAUUGCUCAGCUGUGUAUUGGGUAUUGAAUCUAUUGCAGGUCCCGAUCACUGUUGGAACAACUUUAUAUGAAGCCGUGCUUCUAUACAAAGGGCAGAGAGUGAUAUCCUCAAAGGGUGAUCAACAAACACGUUUGAGUGUACGGCAAUUAUUUCUAUAUUGCACUUGUGGCAUACUUGCUGGCAUAAUUGGUGGUUUGCUUGGCCUUGGUGGAGGAUUCAUCUUGGGACCCCUUUUCAUUGGAUUAGGAAUUCCUCCUCAGGUUUCAAGUGCUACAUCCACUUUUGCAAUGACAUUUUCUGCAUCUAUGUCAGUGGUAGAAUACUACCUUCUCAAACGUUUCCCGAUUCCUUACGCACUUUACUUUGUAGCUGUAGCCACUGCUGCUGCACUUUCUGGGCAGCAUUUGGUGAGAAAGCUUAUUGCUAUACUGGGGAGAACCUCUUUGAUCAUUUUCAUCCUUUCGCUCACAGUUUUUGUGAGUGGAAUAUCACUAGGUGGAGUAGGCAUAGCAAACUUCAUUAAAAGGGUUGAAAAGAAGGAGUACAUGGGGUUUGAAGACCUUUGCUCGUACAGGGUUAGAAAUUAAAAUGGAGAUGUGUAGUUUCCAAGUGCGAUGCCCUUCACAACAGUUUUGUGUUUUCCAGAAUUGUAUUAAGAAAUUUAUCUUUGUUUCUUAACUAAUUGAUUAUUCAGCAAAAAUCUAUGACUAUUUUAAAGACGCACUACUAAUUAAGUUUAAUUAAUAUACAACUUUG